UUCUGAAAAACAAACCAAACAAAGCCUUCGUCUCCGAGGUUAACUGGUUAACUCAGUUUCUAAUUGACCUCAAAUGGUCAUCGGCUGAAGAUCAAAAUUACUCUCUCUCUCUCUCUCUCUCUGAGCCAAGUACAGAAUGAUGGUUCGUACACUCUUCAACUCAUCAUCAACAGUCUUGCUGUUGAAAACCAAAGUUGAUUUAAUUUCCAAUCAAAAUCUGCUUGGUAAAGCCACAACAACGAGGAGGAGCUUGAAAUGCAACGGCAGACAAGUUCAUGGGUCCGAUUCGUCUCCCACACUCAAACAAUCAAACGACAAAGUCCUCCAAUCACGCGCUCCGGACUCUUUAUGUGCCCACAGAUUCUGCUCUUGCGGAAGAAGACGCUUAAUGGAAGGUUGCGGGUUUUAAGUCUCAGAUCUUUACAAAUUUGAGGGGAAAGGAUAAGACAGUGUUGGAGCUUGGCAUUGGGACAGGUCCUAAUCUCAAAUAUUAUGCCAGUGAUAAUGGUGUUCGUGUUUUUGGCAUAGAUCCCAACAGAAAGAUGGAGAAGUAUGCACAGGCAGCUGCAGCAGCUGCUGGCCUACCUCCAGAAAAUUUUAAAUUCAUACACGCGGUUGGGGAGGUUUUGCCAUUAAGUGAUGCUUCUGUUGAUGCAGUUGUCGGAACGCUUGUACUGUGUUCUGUAAAAGACAUUAAUAUGACACUGAAAGAGGUGAUGAGGGUGCUUAAACCGGGUGGUCUUUUCUUAUUUGUGGAGCAUGUGGCUGCAAAAGAUGGUACGAUUCUCAGAUUUGCACAGGGCAUUCUUGAUCCUCUUCAGCAGACAGUCUCUGAUGGGUGUCACCUUACAAGAAAAACGGGAAAGUGUAUAUCUGAAGCAGGGUUUUCUGCCGUCGACAUAAACACAGCUUUCGUGUCUGUUGCCUGUAUUCUAGGCCCUCAUGUUUACGGAAUUGCUUUCAAGUAGAAUAAAAUGACAAAAAAGGUGUAAUUCAUAGUAACCCUGCAGUUUGGUGAUGCUGAACAUAUGUUGCGGCAUUCGAUCGUCAAUUCAAGAGAAUGUGCUGAUGCAUGUACUAAUGCAAUCACUAAGCAAAUGGAGGAUCUUUGGAGUAUUUCAUUCAUUAUUUGUCAGUGUAUUGCUUCCAUUCAGUAUUUGUCAGUGUAUUGUCAUUCAGUAUUUCAUUCAAUAUUUUAUUUUUGUUGGUCAAGAUUGGACCUGUGUUUUUUUGCCUUGCAUGAGGAAAGUGCAUCCCUUACUAGGCUCAUUGCCAUGUAUUUUCAUGCAAUGCACUUGUAAUGAUCUAAGUUACACAAUAAUCAUGUGGGCUCACUUAUGUGUGAUUUGUGAUU